AUGCUUCCCGAGGACGCACCAAAUAGUACACCAGAAGAAGACAUCGCCCCCGAAGACCCGCUAUCCUCCAUCCUCAACCGCCUUCCCAUUUAUCACGGUCUCGACAUCGAUAUCAACGAGAAAACCUCCAAGCUCACAGAACUCCUAAAGCCAGCUUUCGAGCACCACCAUGAUAACAUCAUCCAGCAAGUCCACGAAUAUCUCACUCACGGCGUCAACGAGAAAUGCCCAGCACUGAAUGCAGUCAUCCAGAUCGUCGGCUCCCGAGGUGAUGUCCAACCUUUCGUUUCCUUGGGCAAGGUCCUGCACGAGAAGUACGGUCACAGAGUACGAAUUGCUUCCCACCUAAUCUUCAGAUCCUUAGUCGAAGAGAACGGUCUCGAUUUUUUUAACAUUGGAGGCGAUCCUGCUGAACUUAUGGCUUUCAUGGUCCAUAAUCCUAGUCUUAUCCCAGAUAUUGCAACUCUUCGAAGUGGAGAAGUUGGAAGGCGUCGACAAGGAACCCAUGAAAUGCUUGUUGGAUGCUGGAGAUCGUGUAUCGAGGCAGGAGAUGGCACUGGAGACCCAAUAUUUGAAGCUAAACGACAAGUAGAGGACGGCAUUCCAUUUAUUGCAGAUGCCAUCAUUGCUAACCCACCGUCAUUCGCCCACAUCCACUGCGCUGAGAAGCUUGGAAUCCCUCUUCAUCUCAUGUUCACGAUGCCCUGGUCACCAACAAAGUCCUUCCCACAUCCUCUAGUCAACGUCCGGUCCUCCAAUGCUGACGGCGACCAAACGAACUUCCUCAGUUACGCUCUGGUGGAAAUGAUGACUUGGCAAGGUCUUGGCGACGUGAUCAACAGGUUCCGUCGCACCAUUCUCAAUCUUGCAUUCAUCUCUCUCAUGUGGGCACCAGUAAUGAACAGCAGGCUACGAAUCCCAUUUACGUACUGCUGGUCGCCUGCUUUGAUUCCAAAGCCGAAGGAUUGGGGACCACACAUUUCCAUCUGUAGUUUCAACUUCUUGUCUCUUGCCUCGUCAUUCACACCUGCGCCUGAACUUCUCAAAUUCCUUGCUGACGGCCCACCACCUGUGUACAUUGGCUUCGGAUCUAUCGUCGUUGACGACCCUGAUGCGAUGACCACCAUGAUAUUCUCUGCUGCUAAGAAACUCGGGAUCAGAGCCCUCGCACCUAAAGGAUGGGGUGGCCUUAGAGGCGAGGCUUUGACAAUUCCAGACAAUAUCUUCAUGCUUGGCAACGUUCCCCACGACUUCCUCUUUCAACACGUUUCUGCUGUGGUUCACCACGGUGGAGCUGGUACUACUGCCGCAGGUAUUGCUGCAGGUCGUCCAACUGUUGUCGUCCCAUUGUUUGGCGAUCAGCCAUUCUGGGCAAAGAUGAUUGCCGGAGCGGGUGCUGGGCCAGAGCCAAUUCCAUUCAAGAAGUUGAGUGUGGGUAACCUGGUGAAGCAGCUUGAGUUUGCUCUUAAACCAGAGACCCUCAUCAGGGCGAAGCAGCUAGGAGAGAAAAUGCCUAAGGAGGAUGGUGCGGGAGAGGGAGCUAAACUGUUCCAUGCGCAUCUUGGCGACGAAAUUAGAUGUUCUGUGCUUUCAGAUAGACCAGCUAUAUGGAGAGUCAAGAAGACAGACGUCAGAUUGAGUGGACUUGCGGCCACUGUUUUGAUCAAUCAGGGGCUGGUUGAUUUGAAGGAUCUCAAGCUUUACCGACCACGAGAAUACCAACUCGAAGACGGCCCUUGGGAUCCAGUUUCCGGUGUCACCUCCGCUCUCAUUAGAGCCCUUGGCUCCCUUGCCAUGGGCGUCGCCGAUCUCCCCACUGAAUUCUAUCACGGCCUAAAAACGCAAAUUGACAACCACGGCUCCCGGGGCUCCCUUUCUGGCACCGCCAAUGACUCCUUGACUGAUCUCAACUCCAGAGACUCAUCCUCCACUUCCCUCCCCACCGGUAAAUUUGAAACUAUCGGCGCCCGGCGCCCUGCCUCGGAGGCCAUCAACUCCUCCUACCCCUCCAUGCACAAAGCAAGCACCGACACAGCCUCCAUCACCAGCACCACCAGCACUAGCACCGAAAAGGAGCCCAAGCCACACUACGCAAACAUGGACGCCAUUAACAACAUCCAGCUGUCCCCAGAAAUCCUCCCAAAGCUCAAGAAAGAGGAGAAGGAAUUUGUCGCUAAAGAGCCAUCCCGAUCCUCUGAUAUACUGGAUAGGUCCGACCCCGCCUCCCCCAUCUCGCCGCACCAGCUCAUUAAGCACCGCCCUACGCACUUGAAGAGAUUCACAGCCCACGCCGCCGAAUUUCUGCUCAAAGCACCUCUCGACCUCUUCUCCGCCUUGUCAGGCGGCUUUCACAACGCACCAAAGCUGUACGGCGACACCACGGUCCGCCACACGGCCCCGAUCUCGAGCUUCCAAUCUGGUCUCCAGGCUGCUGAUAAAGACUUCGCCCUCGGCAUCAUCGACGGCGUCUCCGGCCUCGUGACGCAGCCUGUGCACGGCGCUCAAGAAAACGGCAUCGGGGGCGCCAUGUCCGGCGUAAUAAAGGGCGUUGGCGGCCUCGUCCUCAAGCCCGUCGGGGCCGUGACCGGUGUACCAGCCAACCUGCUCAAGAGUAUCUACAAAGAACUCGAGAAGUCGACUGAUUUCUGCCUGCAGACACACGUCAUGCUCUCGCGUGUUGCUCAGGGUCUUGAGGAACUGCUCAUCUUGCAGGAACGUGGCGGGUAUGAGACGGUCGAGAAGGAGAUCAUCGGGAGCUGGAGAGAGGAGAUGCGCAAGGCGGACGACAAGAAGAAGGGCAUCGCGUGCGUGGUGAAGGGGAAGAAGCACACAUGCUCGCACGGCCUCCACUUCAGUAAGCCGCGGCACAUGACGUUUGCAGAGUCUGCGCUCGUGGCGCAGGAGUCGGGGCUGCGGAAGCAGGGGUGAAGCCCAAGGGGCGGUUCACGAACCAUCACAGUUGGUAUGACAAGGGGAGCAGGAUUGCGGUGGUGCCGGA